CCUGGAAGGCGGCCGCAGUAGCUCGGAGACCACAGAAGCAACAUGGCGUCUUCUCUGAAGUAUACACACGCAGUGGUGUGUCGCAUACCGCUCUCAUUCAGGACGCGAGCCGAAAUCGAGCUCGAGGAGGCGAAGCGGCAACAUGAAGCUUACGUGCGACUUCUACGCGAGUUGGGUCUCGAUGUAAUCGAGUUGCCACCGGACGAAGCGCAGCCAGAAUGCGUUUACGUAGAGGAUACGGCCGUCGUAUGCAACGGAAUAGCGCUUAUCACCCGACCGGGAUCGGCGAGUCGCACGAAGGAGGUGGAAACUGUGAGAGCAGUUUUGAAGAAAGAACUUGACCUUCCAAUUGUUGAAAUUGCAGAUGAAUCAGCAAAGCUGGAUGGUGGAGAUGUCUUGUUCACAGGUCGCGAGUUCUUUGUUGGUUUGUCUGAAUGGACAAAUGAAGCAGGAGCGAGAGCUGUGGCAGCGGCAUUUCCAGAAUUUCCCUGCACACCGGUCAAGGUGAGACCUUGUGUAGACAUCGAUGACACCUUCAACUUAGACAUGAUACAGGUAGCAGAAUCACGGCACCUGAAGGCUCUGGUAUCCAUGGCAGGACCUGAUGUCAUGUGUGUUGGAGCUGGAAAAGCUGCUCAGGAAGUUCUAAAGCGUAUUGAACGAGAAGCAACUUUCAGCUACCAGACGCUGACAGUACCUGAAGAUAUAGCAGCAAAUGUUCUGUACGUGAAUGGUACUCUGAUUCAUCGAUCAGUUGAAGAAAUUCCAGAGUCUUGCAAGGUUUUUGCAGAGCGUAUAGACUUCCCACGUCGCUCACUUAGCAUGUCAGAACUUGCAAAGGCAGGCAGUGGUUUAUCGUCUUGCUGCUUACUCUUUCGCCGAAUGAAGCACAUUCGUAAUCUGUGAACCAAGUCCAUCAUAAGGUGCUCAUGUUGUAAGAAUGAAAUCUGCUCAUUCAUCAGUGCAUCAUUGUAUAAAGCUACACACUGUUCUAUCACAAAAAUCAUCUUCAGGAGGUCUAAUAUGAGAUGUAAUUAAAAACUUGUAGAACAACAUUUGCUGUGGAAUUUGGAGGAUACUCGAAGAUUAUUUCUCAUUCCUAAGCAUGAGACAGUCAUAUUAUGAUUCCAUAUCUUUUUCAUUUGUUAAUGUAAUUUUGACAAUAUAUUUUUUCAUAAAUCCCAGCAUAAAGUAAAACUUUAACUGCUGACUCCAUUGUUAUAUAAACAAGAUGGCCAUCUUGUAUAAAUCAAUAAUGGCUGUGAAUAGAAUACAUUAUUAAUUUUAAACAACUUUUAGUGUGUACUUGCUUUCUUGUGUAAUAGGUAGUAGGCCUAUGUUGUGCUACAUUAUAUAAGGCAUAAUUUGGCACAUUUGUUUCCGAAGUACAUGGUAAAGAAUUUGCUGUUAUUGACGAAACUGAAAGAAAUAACAUGGUUGAAAAUCAUAUUUUACACCAGAUAGAAAUGAUGGCAGCUACAAUGCAGUUAAAAUAUGACAAUAUAGUUUUAAAAUGCGAUACCAGUUAAUCUCCUUUGUGGUCCUUAACUGUACCUUUUUUUGUAUAUUCCAUAUAUUGGUGGCAAUGAAUAGAUCUGGAAUCAGUCUCAUGACUUUAUGCAUAGCUUACUGCUAAAUACAUUGCAAACACUGAAUGUGAAAUGGAGUUGUUGCAAAAGCAUAAUUAUACACUGCCACUCUCUUUGUCUCUAGGAUACAGCUUUUAUGUGAUGUUAGAUAUAAAGUAGCUUUUAGAUUUUGUACAUCUUGACUGUUUUGGAUAAAAUAAUAUGUACAGAGAAAUCUGAUAUGUUUAUCAACUAGUGUUGUGUGACAGAAUAACAAAGAAGAGUAUAUUAAGCCUGUUAGAAAUGUGCAGAAUCAAUUUAAGAUGACAACACACUUUCUGUAGUUACUGUCAGCAACUAUUGUACCCAGUGCAUGUUUGCUUUUAAAUGUUCAAGGAGUGAUAAUGAAGACAAUUGUCAACUCCUCUCUUGCCAGUUAAGGUCUGUGCUGCUGCUUUACAUAUUUUGAAAAAGUUACUUUAUGUGUAAAAGACUGGUAACCACAAAAACUGCCAUUAAAUUGUGGUAUUAAUGGUUAUAUAUACCUUGUAGUAGAUAUGCUGAAUAUUUUGUUAACAUGACUUUAAGCUUCUUGCGUGAAUGUACAUCAGUCUCAUAUUAUUCUCAACAUUGAUGCAUUUCACAUGAGCUUGCGAGCAACACUGCAUUUAAGUAUUAUUAAAUUUCUACUCAUGAAGAUUGGCGAAUUAAUUUACAAAAGGUGCGGGUAUUCCCCAGAACAAAUUAACUGAGACUUAUUAAGGAGACAGCAGUACAUGCAAUAGUGCCACUGUAUGUUUGGUAAUUUUUGACCUUGACAUUAAGUGUAUUUGCAAAAUUUUUACUUUGGGACACUGGGGAAAUAUUUAUUCAUAAGCCCAGAAUUGAAAAAGGAAAGUAUACACAAAGAGAUUGUUUCUGAAAACAGUAGCAGAACUUAUGUCUAAAUUUAUAUUUAUUUAUUUCAAAAAUAUGAUGUUACUUUGAAUAUUUGAUAUUCAAAAUGUUCUGUAAUUCACUGGAAACAAUGUCACAAGCUUUUCUACUGUACUUAUAAAUGCAAUGAAGAGCUCACAAUGACAGAAAAUGACACCCAUAUAUUUGAGAUUAGUUUGUAUAAUGAAAAUAUGUGGCUACACCUGAAUGCAAGAUCUGCACAUUAUGUUGUGUCCUACUGAAAGCAAUAAUAAAUUGUAUAUAAUAUUGCCAAA